AUGUCACCUUUCUCAGCAUGGACACCUGGACCAGGUCCCCUCUACACCAUCAUCACCUCUGCUUGGGAGACCCUCGGUGUACCCAAGGUACCUAUCCAGUACAAGACCUGGGUACCUGGAUCAUCCCCCCUCUCAACUCAAAAGGAGGUCGUAGCUGCCAUCGGUACUUACCUUCUCGUCAUCUUCGGUGGAAGAGAGCUCAUGAAGAAGAGACAACCUUUCAAGCUCACGGGUCCAUUCAGAUUCCACAACGUUUACCUCACUCUUGGUUCAGGUCUUCUCCUCGCGUUGAUGCUUGAAGAGAUCGUUCCCAUGUUCCUCAAACACGGUUUCUUCUGGUCAAUCUGUAACCCCACCGCUUUCACUCCUCGACUCGUUACCUACUACAUGAUCAACUACUACAUCAAAUACGUUGAGCUUAUCGACACUGUCUUCCUCGUUCUCAAGAAGAAACCUUUGGCCUUCCUCCACGUCUUCCACCAUGCUGCUACUGCCAUCUUGUGUUUCACUCAACUUGAAGGAGAGACCUCUGUUCAAUGGGUUGUCAUCACUCUCAACCUCCUCGUUCACGUGAUCAUGUACUACUACUACUACGCUACGGCUGGCGGUGCCAAGAUCUGGUGGAAGAAAUACCUCACCUCGAUGCAAAUCACUCAAUUCAUCAUCGACCUUUUCAUCGUCUACUUUGCCAGCACGUUUUUAUUCUCAUACCGUUUCGGGCACAACCAAUAUCCAAACUUACCUUUCCCAGUCUCACCUUCUACUUACAACCACUUUGCCACGAAAUACACUCCUUUCCCAGCUGUCGGUGAUUGUGCUGGAAGUGAGGGUGCGGCGCUCUUCGGUUGUGGUCUUCUGACUUCUUACCUCUUCUUGUUCAUUGCCUUCUACCGAGCCACUUACAAGAAAGGUGCCGCCGCCAAGAAAGCCGCUGCCAAUGGUAAAGCUGAUGUCAGAGGAUCAUCCAAAUCCAAAGUGAUCGUCCAGAACAAAAGAGGGACAACCGUAGUUACGGAAGUCCAAUAA